AUGCAGAUCGACGAUGAGUGCGAGGAGGCGUCUCCUGAUGACGACCUUUACAUUUACCGCAGGCCUUUUAGUGUCUUCAGUUUGGGCAAAGGCCAUGGUGGAUCCACCAAGGCUAAACCGAGCCCGGCUGCAAUAGACUGGACCGAAGGCGACGACGGUGACCGUAUCGUGGCUCAGCAUGUUCUCAUGGCCGACACGAACACGACUCAAAGUUUAGACACCUCUAGUCUGGACAUGCCGAUGUCGCCAUCAGCGCAACAGUCACUCGAGUUGAUGUUGGAGCAUGUACAGUGUGAAUGGGGGCCGGCCUCACUUGCUUUUGCUGAUGAUCUCUGGGACUCGUCCGGAGAUCUAGGAGGCGCUCAUGAGGCCCUGGACGAUGCCGUCAUGCCGGCACUUCAAAUGACAACAUUCAUGCCAGUCGCACCAGGUGAUAUCUUCGAGAUGACGGCCCUCGAGCAACCCACAGCCGAUCUCCUUCCGCCUCCAUCAUCUCCAGCGCCCCAAGGUAUCAAUAACAACAUCCCUGAACAUGCCACACCAUGGCACGUACUGUUCAUACCCCACGUCAAAAACUGCCUCGCUGGUCUGACUCUUGGAGAGCAGCUUGAUCACGCCAGCCUCAGCGCCUUCUAUGGUACCCUAGCCAUCAGCGCAUUGAGCAUCGGCGGUGUUUCCGAGAGCCAAAUGUGGCUUCAGCAAGGCAGGGCAUUCCAGCAGCUGGCCCGUGAGCACACUCGGGAAAUGCUGAAGAUGGCAUACCAGCCCCCCAAAAGUGCCAAGUAUAAAUCCAUUCUCAUGGCGCUCAUCACGAUGGUGCAGGUGUCCAUGUUCUCAGGAAAUCGGGACCGGACGGAGUGCUAUUUCCUAGAAGCAGAAAAGUUCAUCCGUCUUAGGGGACUGAGCCGCAACAAGUCCCGGAAGGUCCGACUGCUUCAUCACUGCUACGCUUUUGAGCGGAUUUUGUAUGAGAGCACGAUCACGUCCGAGGUCAAUUCCCGCCACCGUCUUCAUGUCCGCGAGGCUGUCGAGUCAAGUGGGCUGGUCGUUGUCGGCCAAGACAGCAUGCACUUCAGGCUCUCAUCCUGGAAAGACAUUCAAAAGGAGAUGGCAAAGGUCAAGGGCCAAUAUGACGGGGAAAAUGAUCUUCAUCUCGAGCGUCCUGGCGUCUGGUCUGCCACUCUGUACCCCGAGAUAUUCGGGAUCCCGGAGCAGUGGAUCUCAAUCCUUUCGCUCGUAAUACGACUGGGAAAGGAGAAGGAUGCAGCCCAGAUUGACCGGACAGAAAGUUCUCCUAGGUUGGGCGAAUUUUUGAGCAUGGCAAAAGGCCUGGAGGAGGUUAUCAACCACCUUCCCUGGCCAGAACAGGUCGAAGACGGGCUGGACAGUCUCCUCGGCGCAUGGCAGCAAUCCCUAGCGAUCUAUUUUUAUAGGAGGAUUUACGAUGUCGAUGCGUCUCUUUUGCAGCAAAAGGUGGUCAAGGCGCGAGACUAUAUAAUGUGUUACGAACCGAUGGACCUGAGGCAGGUCUGCGCUUCUGCGAGGCUCAUGUGGCCCGCAUUUAUCGCAGCUUGUGAAGCCGAGGGGUUCGAGCUACAGCAGUCGUUCGCCGACUGGCUCAGGUCCUCGUCGCGAGAAAGCGGGCUCCAGGUCUUUGAGGAUACUCUGCGCGCUAUAGAAAGAUCUUGGCAGGACAGGACAAGCCUGGACGGCUCGUCGCACACGAAUCAUCCUGUGUAA